GUACCGUGACUUUGUCGGUGCACCUGCUACCACUAGUGUAUUGACUCUAUUGCAAUUGUUGUCAGCAACUUUUAUAAAAGAAGCGACUAGUUAGAGUUAUUGAUUCUCAGAUCUCAGUCUUCGUUUUUGUUUCAAACCGUGUAUCAUUGUUUCGCUCUGCCAAGGUCAGGAUCGUGGGUUUGAUCGAGUUGCCAUCUUGUAUCAGCAAGCUCAUAAAAAGGUUGCAAAAAUGUCAUUCUUUAGUGGCACCGCAGCGCAACCCUCAACAAAUGCCUUCGGCAACACGAACGCCCAGCAACAGCCUGGGCAGAUAACAAGUACCACAAACGCCCAGCAGCAGCCGGGGCAGACACUCGGUGCCCAAACCACAGGCAUCUUCGGCAACACGAACACCCAACAGCAGCCUGGACAGGCAACGGGCGGCAGCAUCUUCGGUAAUACCUCCACACAGCCAUCUACAUCCGGUACAACUCUCUUCGGAAUGCCUAGUACGGCGACGAGCGCUACUGCAGGUGCGGGUAGCGGGAGCUUGUUUGGAAAUACCGCGACGCCACAGCAGCCUGCAGGGACUGGUUCGUCUGAAAAUACCAGCACUCAGCAACAACAGCAACCUGCAGCUGCUUCAUCUGGGAAUACCAACACUCAGCAACAACAGCAACCUGCAGCUGGUGGUUUGUUUGGUAAUACCACAGCCAGUACAACACAGCAGCCUGCCACGGGUAGUCUGUUUGGGAGUACGAACUUGAACACGCAGACGCAACCUACAGGAACAAGUCUGUUCGGGAACACGUUGACUCAACCUGCUGGGAACUUGUUUGGGACUACCGGUACCCAGCAGCAGCAGCAACAACAACAACCACAGCAAGGUGGGAGUCUCUUCGGAGGUACUACGACCCAGCAGCAACCACAGAGUAGUAGUCUCUUCGGAAGUACUACGACCCAACAGCCCGCUACCGGUACUGGUGGGCUGUUUGGAACGUCGACUACUCAGCCAAGCACCGGUGGAAGCUUGUUUGGCGGUGCAAGUUCCCAAGCGCCAACAUCAGGGGGGUUGUUUGGUAGCACGACAACUCAAGCUCCAGCUGCUGGAGGAAGCCUCUUUGGUAGUACAACAACGAGCUCAAACCCAUUGUUUGGGAAUAAAAAUCCAGCGAGUAUCUUUGGUACUGCGCCUGCCCCCUCCUCGACUACUCCAACUUUAUUCGGUCAAUCCCAAUCCGCGCAACCUAUUACCACUCCCUCGUUAUUUGGCCAGUCCCAGCAGAAACCAGCUGGCUCCCUAUUUGGCUCAGUGAAUCAGCCUGCGCCGAGUACAGCUACUGGAGGGCUUUUUGGCAGUACGCUAGGUCUUCCACUAUCCAAUUCACUUCUCGCAUCGCGAAGCACUGCACCUUCACAACAACAGGACCCUCAGUCACAAUAUGCAGCGCUUGAGCAGAAAAUCCAAGCAAUUGUACAGGCUUGGGAUCCUUCUUCGCCAGCAUGUCGCUUUCAGCAUUAUUUCUAUAAUCUCGUUCCACCGGCCCAAGUGAACGCCUUCGGUAGACCUGCAAAUGCCACAAACGAGGCGCUUUGGCAACGUGCAGUGCACGACAACCCUGAUCCUAGUUGUAUGGUACCUGUUCUGGCAGUUGGCUUUGACGAUCUGCGUCAGCGCGUAGACGGGCAAAUGAAGCAAGCCACGGAACAGCAAAAAGCUUUAAUGGAACUAAAAAAACGCCUGGAAUCGUUGUCCGCAAGACAUAACGAUAGCAACGCAUCACGUUUGCAGCGCGCAAAGUUAAUUCAAUCACAAACUCAGCACCGCCUGCUGUGCCUCAUCCAGCACAUGCAUCUGAUGCUACCUACUGUCCGGUCUACGGCGAUACGUCCCGAAGAAGAGGCGCUGCGUCUAGCGCUAGAAGAGAUUGAAGAAGAAAUAAGAAGACCAGGUGGAAUGAGUAAGAUGCGAGGAAAGCUGAAUGAGCUGUGGGCGCUCGUAGGUGCUAUCAACGCUGCGCGCGAGAGAGGCAGAAGAGUGGGACUUGAUGGCACCUCUGAAUGGACAGUCGUCGAUGAGGAGGGCCUAAAGCAGAUCGCUCAGAUCUUGUCCAAUCAGCAAGCUGGUUUACAGCAUUUGACGAAGGUGUUGCAACACGAUCUGAAGGACUUGGAGGUGAUAUAUGGAAGAGAGAGCUAAACAGAAUCGUUCGAGCAUAUUGCUUUUGUUACUGUGAUGAUGAGCCUCACAUUAUUUUUGUAAUUGAAUAGAUAGAAUUGUAGGUAGACAACAAUCGAUCAUGAGCGUGCGAGUCGGCCACACCUGGGUCUUGUACAU